AUGGGUGGAUAUAUGAAGCUAGAUAUGGGACAUCGGGGAUAUAUGAAGCUAGACACGGGACAUGGGGGAUAUAUGAACAUAGAAAUGGGACAUGGGGGAUAUAUGAAGCUAGAUAUGGGACAUCGGGGAUAUAUGAAACUUGACAUGGGACAUGGGGGACAUAUGAAGCUAGACAUGAGACAUGGGACAUAUGGGACAUGGGGAUAUAUGAACCUAGACAUUAGACAUGGGGGACAUAUGAAGCUAGACAUGGGACAUGGGGGAAAUAUGAAGCUAGACAAGGGACUUGGGAGAUAUAUGAAGCUAGACAUGGGAUAUGGGGGAUAUAUGAGCCUAGAAAUGGGACAUAGGGGACAUAUGAAGCUAGACAUGGGACUUGGGGGACAUAUAAAGCUAGACAUGAUACAUGGGACAUAUGGGACAUGGGGAUAUAUGAAGCUAGACAUUGGGCAUGGGGGACAUAUAAAGCUAGACAUGGGACAUGGGGGAAAUAUGUAG